AUGACUAAGCUGUAUGGGUUGAAUGCUAUCCGCAAUCAGAUAUUGCCUCUAGACGAAGCAUACUAUGUGGUUAUGGAUCUCUCGGUGUUAGGGUCAAUGGGAUCUCAGAGCGGCGAGCGCGAUUUAUUCGCUGAAAUUGUUGAGCGCUUGAAACGUGAAGAGAACUAUGAAACCUUGUUCCAGGGUAGAUGUGAUGCUAAUCGGCUCGAAGAUCUACUAAAUGGCGUUCGCCCUCCUCAAGAGAUCACAUGGACAGACACAAUCAAAGCUCGGCUUUAUGCAGGAAGUAGAUACAAAACCGGGAGGCUUACGGCCCCAGUCACUUUUAACAGUGGUGCAACGGUACUCACAUCCAACGAGCAUUGCUUCAUCGAAAAAGAUACCCAUAUACCAAAGGAGAGCGCUGAGUAG